AUUCACUCCCUCUCUCUCCAAAAUCAUAUCCAUAUAAAAACCCCAAUCUAUCAUCUCCAUUGUCAGAGCUUAACAUUUUUAAGUUCAAUCAGUUUCACUUUUCAAUCUCUCCAUCUCUAGAAAAUUCAACUCAAAAAUUUCUGGUUACAAAAAAAUGAAUUCAAUAACUCCGUCAAAAUCUAUACUGAAAUCAUUAAGUUAUUUAGAUUCUACACCAAAAUUGUCAAUUCCUAGAAAGAAUCAUCUUCAUCUUCAUCAUCAAUCAAAUAGAUCUCAAAUUUGUACCAUCAAAUCAAUCUAUAAGCAUGAAUCAAGAAAUUUCUCAGUUGGUUCAAACAGAGCAGAUUGGCAAAGUUCUUGUGCAAUUUUGGCAAGUAAUGUGGUUUCACAACAAAGUGCUGAGAAAACUGAUGGUGGUAAUGCAGAUAUAACUUCCAUUAAUGGUGUUCAUCAAACUCUAGAUCUAGUACCAGUCCAGCAAGAAACGAAUUUACCAAAGCCUCUUUCGAUUACCGAUCUAUCUCCAGCUCCGAUGCACGGUUCGCAAUUGCGCGUCGCUUAUCAGGGAGUUCCCGGUGCUUACAGUGAAGCUGCGGCUGGUAAAGCUUAUCCUAAUUGUGAAGCUAUUCCUUGUGAUCAAUUCGAAGUUGCUUUUCAAGCUGUUGAGCUCUGGAUUGCUGAUCGAGCGGUGUUGCCGGUUGAAAAUUCACUCGGCGGUAGUAUUCACCGGAAUUACGAUUUAUUACUCCGUCAUAAUCUUCAUAUUGUUGGUGAAGUUCAAUUACCGGUUCAUCAUUGUUUAUUAGUCUUACCUGGUGUGAGAAAAGAGUAUUUAAAUCGGGUUAUUAGUCAUCCACAAGCGUUAUCUCAAUGUGAGUUGACUCUUACAAAACUCGGUCUCAGUGUUGCCCGUGAAGCUGUUGAUGAUACUGCCGGUGCUGCUGAAUUCAUUGCUACACAUAAUCUACGCGACACUGCUGCUAUCGCGAGUGCUCGUGCCGCUGAGUUAUACGGAUUACAGAUUUUGGCAGAUGGAAUUCAAGAUGAUUCGAGCAAUGUUACUAGAUUUGUCAUGUUAGCUCGUGAGCCGAUUAUACCGAGAACCGACCGUCCGUUUAAGACUAGUAUUGUUUUUGCACAUGAUAAAGGAACAUCGGUUUUGUUUAAAGUGUUGUCUGCUUUUGCAUUCAGGAAUAUCAGUUUGACGAAGAUUGAGAGCCGGCCGUAUAGAAAUCGUCCGAUUAGAGUUGUUGGUGAUGCCAGUACUGGUACUGCUAAACAUUUUGAGUACAUGUUUUAUGUUGAUUUUGAAGCUUCAAUGGCUGACCCAAGAGCUCAAAAUGCACUUGCUGAAGUUCAAGAAUUCACUUCAUUUCUAAGGGUGUUAGGAAGUUAUCCUAUGGAUAUGACUCCAUGGAGUCCCUCUAGUAGAGAUAUGUAGAGAAUCGUGGAAUUGAAACUGAAACUGUAAUGUAAUUUAUGUUUGAAAUUGAAUUUGUUGGUUUGACGGAGUUGAAUCGGUUUUUUUUGUU